AUGUUCUCUCCCGUCUCCCAGAUCAGCCGAAAGGUGAUCAACCGUAAACUGCUACAGAGCUUUUUUGCAAUACCGACAAGCCCAUCUACCAGUAUCUGGCCGAAACGGGUAGAGCUGCUGGAUUCCACAAAGUCACCCGUACAGGUAGUGUCGUCGAGCCUCCUGGCCUCCUACACAUGGGACGAUGUAACGUCGGAUACUGUGGUCGAUAUUGGGGUAGGAGUAGGAGACUUUAUUCGCUGCUACCUGGAGAAGUUUUCCGACGCUACGGUCGCUCCAUUAGAGCUUCCUUCAACUGCAGAGAUUCUCUAG